UCUGGGAAUUUCGCCCCAGCGGUCGGAAUUCAAGUCGGCGAAGGAGUACUAAACUCAAUAGGAUUACGAAACCGACUCAGACUCUGUUUGUUUAUAAAACCCAGUCGAGUUUAUCACAUUGAUUGCUCUCCAAGUCUCUCUUCAAAUUCCAAAACUUCAUCCUCUCUUUCUCUCUGUUUCUCUCUAAGUUAGUUUCAAGAAUGCGUGUUUUGCCUUCAACAAUGGCGUUAUUGAGAGGGGAUGAAGUCGAAGUUUGCAGCAAACAAGAUGGGUUUGUGGGUUCCUACUAUGCAGCAACCGUGAUCAGAAAACACGGGGACAACUCAUACGCAGUGCAGUACAAGAACUUGUUGACAGACGAUGAAUCCAGGCCAUUGAUUGAGAUUGUCGAUGCUGAAGAGAUCAGGCCUGUGCCACCCAAAGUUUCCGCAACUGGGUUUGCUUCAUGUGACGUGGUUGAUGCCUUUGACAACGAUGGUUGGUGGGUGGGCAAGAUCAGUGGUAGGAAAGGGUCCACGUACUAUGUCUUCUUUGAUAAGUAUGGGGUUGAGAUUUCAAAGAUGUAG